AUGAUUGUGAUCUGUCAAGAGCUUCGUAAGACGAUCGAAAAGUUUGUUCACGACACGAUCCCAUUUAUUCUCGACCUUCAAAAGAAGCGAAACAUCUUCUCCGAUAUUUUUUUCUUGUUCAUCACAUUCAUUGCAGGGACAGGGAUAUACGCAGUUGUGUUGCCAACUACUAUUUUGUUCUACCCACACCCGGAUUUUGCGAUCGCUUGUAUUGCAAUAACGUUUACUAGUUGUUAUAACAUCUUAGUGGGCAAUUUCAUUAAAAACUUGUUUGGUUUGCCCCGACCAUUUGGCGAAGGACUUUGGUCUCCUGUUAAAGAAAAGGACUUUGGGUUUCCAAGUACACACACCAUUAAUGCUAUAGCAAAUACCGGGUUUGUAGUGUUUGCACUGACGGAUGACACUUGGUUGAGAGUGAUAUAUCUAGUUUAUGCUGUAUGUGUUGCGUUUAGUCGAAUGUAUAUGGGAGUACAUAGUCCCGCCGAUGUGUUAUGUGGAGUUACAAUAGGUAUUACCCACUUGAUAAUUAUGGUCAACUUGUAUCAAUAUAUCAUUUAUAUACACUCAUUGUGGUACUUAUUGCCACUAUUCUUCUUCCUUCACUUGUAUGUCUUAAUCGCAAUGCCAAAGUGCAAAGAAUAUAAUGUCACCCCGCGUCGAACAGCUAUGAUAUGUGGAUGCAUUUUUGCCAUCAGCAUAGUCUUAUCGUUCAAUUUACAGCGAUGGAGUAGGAACAUUCUCCCGUUGAAUGAAUAUGUAAAAUAUCAAUACAACAGAUUUUCCAGCUUUAUCAUUGAGUACUUGGUCGCUAUUUCAAUAUGCGCAGGACUCUUCGGGACAUUCGGAUUUCUGUUACCUAACAUUGUCGAGAGAUACAUCGAAAAAAACAAGAGGUAUAUGAACUUCUUAACUAAGUGCGAGCAAUUGUUCUGUAAAAUCAGAUUCCAUUGCUUGAAGGAUGACAUCAAUGAGUACAGGUGCGACAAGACAAUGCUCAGGUACAUCGCUGAAAUGCCAUUUGCAUACUUCUCUGGAUUCAUUGGAGGACUUUGUGUCAUCUACAUUGCACCUAAAGUCGUGUUCUGGAUGAAUCCAAACAUUAUACUUAAUUGA